AUGUCAUACUCUCACAAGCCUGGUUCACUGAAGCAACAGAAUAAAAGGCACAAAUCAGAGAAAAAACGGGGCACCUCGAAUUCUAAUGUCAAAUCCAGGAAUUCCUCAAAAAUUCUUAACAAACAGCAGCGUCUUUCCAGUUUGAAACAACGACGAACACUGAGGACAUCCAUGCUGAAACAGGCGAUGCUUUUGCGCGGUGUUCCUGAAAAUCCCAUUUGGUGUGUUUUCGUCCCACUCACUCGCACCGUUCCUGUCCAUCUUGCCAAUCUUUUGUUCCAAAAAUGCGAUCCCGAAGCGUUAGUCGACGGACCAAACGGUUUACAGCAAGUUGUUCAAAUAUACUCCCGGAUGUUCGAUAAACACUUUUGUCUGGUCUCCGCCAAGUUCGGUGAUCUUUUUGGAUGUAUCGAUCUAAUACAAACAGCCGAUCAUGUCAUCCUAGUUGUUCCGAGCGAUCUCACUGAACUGGAUUGGUCUACUGAGUCUUUCCUCACUGCUCUGUCUGCCCAAGGUCUCCCGGAUGCUACCUUUGCUGUCAUGUCUUCGGGCGCAAACCUGAAAAUGAUCAGAAACAUAUUACAGUCACGUUUCCCUGUGCCAGAUGACGCUGUCUGCCAGUUGAACACAACAGCGCAUGGAAUCAGUUUGAUGCGUCGCGUAUGUUCCGCUUUACGAGGGGACUCUUUCAAGUACAAGUCGCCCUCAGAGAGUUCGCAUUCGGCUGCAAGAUUUCGUUCUAAACUACUGGCAAACAGCAUCAGCUUGACCAGUGCGAAUGCAGAAAAUCCCGACUUGGUCGAGGAAUCCCCAUCAUCCGAGACGUAUCUGUACAUUCAGGGACACCUGCGAGGCUCGCCUUUAUUCUUCCGUGACCCCCUGGAACAGCUUACUGCGGGCGCCAAGGGUCCAUUUGUUCAUCUCGCUGGUUGGGGCGAUUUUCCUUUGGCCGGUGCUCAGUGGAAAGAUAAGCGAUCCGGUGCACAGCGUUGGUCUGUCACCGAUUUCGUGCCACAGUCCGACGAAGGCGCUUCAGCUUUGUUACGAACCUCAACUAUUUCCGAUGCCAGCCCUUGUGAUUCGGAGAGUCGAAGGUUCCAAUUCGAUGGCUUCUAUUCAAAUGAGCAUAGAUGA